UAUUUGACCACGUCAAAAUCCGGGAGACAACUUUACUUUUAUGGGGUCUUUGUGGACCUAGAAAGCCUUUGCAUAGGUUUUCAUGAAUAAACAUAUACAAAUAGCAGUGGUGAUGGUCAUCAGAUUUAUUAGAAGAGGGAAAGCAAUCAAUUUAACAACAACUCCCCACCUCUACGCACAUAUACUUCUCCUUUUUUCCGUUUGUCUUAACUUCGUUCUCGAUUAUACAGUGCCAAGAAAAAUAAAGAAGGAUCCAAGACACGAACUACUGAGCUAGUUUCAAAUUAAGCAAGCGGCUCCUCCUAAGAACACCAGGAUAUGAUGGACACUAUAAAAUCCUUCAAAGGCUACGGCAAGAUAGACGAACCGGAAGAGCGUGAAUUCCGCAGGGAGACUCGUAAGCGUCUGAUCAUCAUUGCCGUCUCGGCUUUCAUCCUUGUUAUCAUCAUCGUCGCUUUUGUGGUCGGCUCAACGACACAUAAGGAUGAGAAGAACGAUAGCGACAAGUCUAUGUCUAUCCCUUCGACGAUUUCCGUGGGAGACUCCAUCAAAACCGUCUGCAACGUCACUCUUUACCCCAAAUCCUGCAUAUCCAGCAUCUCUUCCCUUAAACUCGAACAGAAAACCACAGACCCGGAAGAGAUCUUCAAGCUGUCUCUGCAAGUGGCCUUCAACGAGCUCUCUAAUCUCUCUUCUCUGCCCCAGAAGCUAAUCGCCAAGGUAAACAACGAUCCAGCUCUGGUGGCGGCGCUGCAGGAUUGCCAGAUCCAAUUCGAAGAAGCCGUCGAUCAAAUCAACUCGUCCAUCUCCUCGAUGCAGGUAGGGCAGAGGGAGAAAUUGUUGACGGAUUCGAAGAUAACCAACCUCAGGACGUGGCUCAGCUCCGCCAUCACAUACGAACAAACCUGUUUGGACGGCUUGGAGGAGUUGAACUCCAGCAGCAGCAAGGCAGUGUUGGAAGAAAUGAAGGCAGCGAUGAGGAUUUCGAUGGAGUUGACGAGUAACAGCUUGGCCAUCGUGUCUAAGAUGCAGACCCUUCUAGACAAAUUUAACACCCCGAUUCACCGGAAGCUACUUGGUUUGGUUGCAGUUGCGGUGGUUGAUUCCUAGUUCCCUCAGUGCAUCCAAAAAAGAAAGGAAAAUAAGCGGUGAAGAUCGGGGCUGGGCGCAGUGCGGAGAAAAAGCGAGUCUAGAUUUGUGAAUUGUAAAUACAUGAAGGAGUGAAGGAGAACACGGAGAAGGGGGAAGUAGACAACUUUGAUUAGUUUACGGUGACGGGAAGGAAGAGUGUGUCCGGCAUCGGAGACUCGAUUGAGUUGAACGUCAAAGGUGGGGCCCCUACCACGUUCUCCACCGCAACAUUUGGUAAGCCCAUACGUAACGUAACAAACCACUUGUCUUUGACUUUUCUCUCUUUUGAGUUAUUUCAGUGGAACAAUGUCAGCUGGCAGAUUUAUCCCAAUAUAUUUUGCUGAUCUAUUUAGCCGUGA